GAUCUGUUCUGUCCACUGAGAACUCCUACCUCCCCUCCCAGGGAUCUGUCCACUCCCCUCCCAGGGAUCUGUCCACUCCCCUCCCAGGGAUCUGUCUGUCCACUCCCCUCCCAGGGAUCUGUCCACUCCCCUCCCAGGGAUCUGUCUGUCCACUCCUCUCCCAGGGAUCUGUCCACUCCCCUCCCAGGGAUCUGUCCACUCCCCUCCCAGGGAUCUGUCCACUCCCCUCCCAGGGAUCUGUCUGUCCACUCCCCUCCCAGGGAUCUGUCUGUCCACUCCCCUCCCAGGGAUCUGUCUGUCCACUCCCCUCCCAGGGAUCUGUCUGUCCACUCCCCUCCCAGGGAUCUGUCUGUCCCCUCCCCUCUCAGGGAUCUGUCUGUCCACUCCCCUCCCAGGGAUCUGUCUGUCCACUCCCCUCCCAGGGAUCUGUCUGUCCACUCCCCUCCCAGGGAUCUGUCUGUCCACUCCCCUCCCAGGGAUCUGUCUGUCCACUCCCCUCCCAGGGAUCUGUCCAUCCCCUCCCCUCCCAGGGAUCUGUCUGUCCACUCCCCUCCCAGGGAUCUGUCUGUCCACUCCCCUCCCAGGGAUCUGUCUGUCCACUCCCCUCCCAGGGAUCUGUCUGUCCACUCCCCUCCCAGGGAUCUGUCUGUCCCCUCCCCUCCCAGGGAUCUGUCUGUCCACUCCCCUCCCAGGGAUCUGUCCACUCCUCUCCCCUCCCAGGGAUCUGUCCUCUCCCCUCCCAGGGAUCUGUCCACUCCCCUCCCAGGGAUCUGUCCACUCCCCUCCCAGGGAUCUGUCCAUCCCCUCCCCUCCCAGGGAUCUGUCUGUCCACUCCCCUCCCAGGGAUCUGUCUGUCCACUCCCCUCCCAGGGAUCUGUCUGUCCACUCCCCUCCCAGGGAUCUGUCCAUCCACUCCCCUCCCAGGGAUCUGUCUGUCCACUCCCCUCCCAGGGAUCUGUCUGUCCACUCCCCUCCCAGGGAUCUGUCCACUCCUCUCCCCUCCCAGGGAUCUGUCUGUCCACUCCCCUCCCAGGGAUCUGUCCAUCCACUCCCCUCCCAGGGAUCUGUCUGUCCACUCCCCUCCCAGGGAUCUGUCCACUCCCCUCCCAGGGAUCUGUCUGUCCACUCCCCUCCCAGGGAUCUGUUCUGUCCACUCCCCUCCCAGGGAUCUGUCUGUCCACUCCCCUCCCAGGGAUCUGUCUGUCCACUCCCCUCCCAGGGAUCUGUCUGUCCACUCCCCUCCCAGGGAUCUGUCCAUCCACUCCCCUCCCAGGGAUCUGUCUGUCCACUCCCCUCCCAGGGAUCUGUCCACUCCCCUCCCAGGGAUCUGUCUGUCCAUCCCCUCCCAGGGAUCUGUCCAUCCACUCCCCUCCCAGGGAUCUGUCCAUCCACUCCCCUCCCAGGGAUCUGUCCACUCCCCUCCCAGGGAUCUGUCCAUCCACUCCCCUCCCAGGGAUCUGUCCACUCCCCUCCCAGGGAUCUGUUCUGUCCACUCCCCUCCCAGGGAUCUGUCCACUCCCCUCCCAGGGAUCUGUCUGUCCACUCCCCUCCCAGGGAUCUGUCUGUCCACUCCCCUCCCAGGGAUCUGUCCACUCCCCUCCCAGGGAUCUGUCCACUCCCCUCCCAGGGAUCUGUUCUGUCCACUCCCCUCCCAGGGAUCUGUCCACUCCCCUCCCAGGGAUCUGUCUGUCCACUCCCUCCCAGGGAUCUGUCUGUCCCACUCCCCUCCCCCCAGGGAUCUGUCUGUCCACUCCCCUCCCAGGGAUCUGUCCCACUCCCCUCCCAGGGAUCUGUCCAUCCACUCCCCUCCCAGGGAUCUGUCCACUCCCCUCCCAGGGAUCUGUCUGUCCACUCCCCUCCCAGGGAUCUGUCCAUCCACUCCCCUCCCAGGGAUCUGUCCACUCCCCUCCCAGGGAUCUGUCCAUCCACUCCCCUCCCAGGGAUCUGUCUGUCCACUCCCCUCCCAUGGAUCUGUCCACUCCCCUCCCAGGGAUCUGUCUGUCCACUCCCCUCCCAGGGAUCUGUCUGUCCACUCCCCUCCAGAUCUCCACUCCCCUCCCAGGGAUUCACUCCUCCAGGAUCUGUGUCCACCCCCUCCGGAUCUGUCUCACUCCCCUCCCAGGGAUCUGUCCACUCCCCUCCAGGUCUCCAUCCUCCCAGGGAUCUGUCUGUCCACUCCCCUCCCAGGGAUCUGUCUGUCCCACUCCCCUCCCAGGGAUCUGUCCACUCCCCUCCCAGGGAUCUGUCAUCCUCCCUCUCCCUCCCAGGGAUCUGUCCACUCCCCUCCCAGGGAUCUGUCUGUCCACUCCCCUCCCAGGGAUCUGUCUGUCCACUCCCCUCCAGGGAUCUGUCCACUCCCCUCCCAGGGAUCUGUCCACUCCCCUCCCAGGGAUCUGUCUGUCCACUCCCCUCCCAGGGAUCUGUCUCCACUCCCCUCCCAGGGAUCUGUCUUCCACUCCCCUCCCAGGGAUCUGUCUGUCCACUCCCCUCCCAGGGAUCUGUCUGUCCACUCCCCUCCCAGGGAUCUGUCCACUCCCCUCCCAGGGAUCUGUCCAUCCACUCCCCUCCCAGGGAUCUGUCCACUCCCUCCCAGUUUUCAUCCCCUCCCAGGGAUCUGUCCUCCACUCCCCUCCCAGGGAUCUGUCGUCCACUCCCCUCCCAGGGAUUGCUCAUCUCCACUCCCCUCCCGGGAUCGUCAUCCCCUCCCAGGGAUCUGUCCAUCCCUCCCCUCCCAGGGAUCUGUCUGUCCACUCCCCUCCCAGGAUCUGUUGUCCACUCCCCUCCCAGGGAUCUGUCUGUCCACUCCCCUCCCAGGGAUCUGUCCUCCCUCCGGAUUGUCCACUCCCCUCCCAGGGAUCUGUCUGUCCACUCCCCUCCCAGGGAUGCUGUCCUCCACCUCCCCUCCCAGGGAUCUGUCUGUCCACUCCCCUCCCAGGGAUCUGUCUGUCCCACUCCCCUCCCAGGGAUCGGUCUGUCCACUCCCCCCCAGGGAUCUGUCCACUUCCCCUCCCAGGGAGCUGUCCCACUCCCCUCCCAGGGAUUGUCUGUCCACCUCCCCUCCCAGGGAUCUGUCUGUCCACUCCCCCUCCCAGGGAUCUUCCUGUCCACUUCCCUCCCAGGGAUCGUGCCACUCCCCUCCCAGGGAUCUGUCCCACUCCGGCCUCCCAGGGAUCUGUCCCAUCCCCCCUCCCAGGGAUCUGUCUGUCCACAUCCCCUCCCAGGAUCUGUUCUGUCCCAUCGCCCUCCCAGGGAUCUGUCCACCUUCCCCCGCUCCCAGGGAAUCUGUCUGUCCACUCCCCUCCCAGGGAUCUGUUCCAACUCCCCCUCCCAGGGAUCUGUCUGUCAUCCCCUCCCAGGGAUCUGUCUGUCCACCCCCUCCCAGGGAUCUGUCUGUCCCACUCCCCUCCCAGGAUAUGUUCUGUUCCCACUCCCCUCCCAGGGAUCUUGUCCAUCCCCCCUCCCAGGGAUCUGUCUGUUCCACUCCCCUCCCAGGGAUCUGUCUGUCCACUCCCCUCCCAGGGAUCUGUCCACUCCCCUCCCAGGGAUCUGUCUGUCCAUCCCCUCCAGGGAUCUGUCCACUCCCCUCCCAGGGUCUCCACUCUCCAGUCUGUCCACUCCCCUCCCAGGGAUCUGUUCUGUCCACUCCCCUCCCAGGGAUCUGUCCACUCCCCUCCCAGGGAUCUGUCUGUCCACUCCCCUCCCAGGGAUCUGUCUGUCCACUCCCCUCCCAGGGAUAUGUUCUGUCCACUCCCCUCCCAGGGAUCUGUCCACCUCCCCUCCCAGGGAUCUGUCUGUCCACUCCCCUCCCAGGGAUCUGUCUGUCCACUCCCCUCCCAGGGAUCUGUCCACUCCCCUCCCAGGGAUCUGUCCAUCCCCUCCCCUCCCAGGGAUCUGUCCACUCCCCUCCCAGGGAUCUGUCUGUCCACUCCCCUCCCAGGGAUCUGUCUGUCCACUCCCCUUCCAGGGAUCUGUCCACUCCCCCAGGGAUUCCUCCCUCCAGGGAUCUGUCCACUCCCCUCCCAGGGAUAUGUUCUGUCCACUCCCCUCCCAGGGAUCUGUCCAUCCACUCCCCUCCCAGGGAUCUGUCUGUCCACUCCCCUCCCAGGGAUCUGUCUGUCCACUCCCCUCCCAGGGAUCUGUCUGUCCAUCCCUCCCAGGGAUCUGUCCACUCCCCUCCCAGGGAUCUGUCCAUCCAUCCCUCCCAGGGAUCUGUCCACUCCCCUCCCAGGGAUCUUCUGUCCACUCCCCUCCCAGGGAUCUGUCAUCCACUCCCCUCCCAGGGAUCUGUCCACUCCCUCCCAGGGAUCUGUCCAUCCACUCCCCUCCCAGGGAUCUGUCUGUCCACUCCCCUCCCAUGGAUCUGUCCACUCCCCUCCCAGGGAUCUGUCUGUCCACUCCCCUCCCAGGGAUUGUCUGUCACUCCCCUCCCAGGGAUGUUCUGUCCAUCCCCUCCCAGGAUCUGUCCAUCCCUCCCCUCCCAGGGAUCUGUUGUCCACUCCCUCCCAGGGAUCUGUCUGUCCACUCCCCUCCCAGGGUCUGUCUGUCCAUCCCUCCCAGGGAUCUGUCCCUCCCCUCCAGGAUCUGUCACUCCUCCCAGGGUCUGUCUGUCCACUCCCCUCCCAGGAUCUGCUGUCCACUCCCUCCAGGGUCUGUCUGUCACUCCCCUCCCAGGGAUCUGUCCCUCCCCUCCCAGGAUCUGUCCACUCCCUCAGGGAUCGUCUCCACUCCCUCCAGGGAUCUGUUCGUCCACUCCUCCAGGACGUCCACUCCUCCAGGGUCUGUUGUCCACCCCCAGGGAUCGUCAUCCCCUCCAGGGAUUGUCUGUCAUCCCUCCAGGGAUCUGUCCCUCCCUCCCAGGGAUUUCCUCCUCCCAGGACUCAUCCCUCCGGGAUUUCUGCACUCCCCUCCCGGGAUCUGUCUGUCCCCUCCCUCCAGGAUUGUCUGUCCACUCCUCCCAGGGAUUGUUUGUCCUAACUCUCCUACCUUGUCUUCCAGGGAUCUGCCUUUUGUGUCCACUCUCCCCUGAGGAUAAUGAAGGGGUUAUUCCUGGUAGAGCCACUGGUUGCCUUCUAUGCCUUCGCCAGUUUCCUCAUCUACCCCCUGGUACAGCAGUAUGUCUACAGGAGGCUAUGGCAGGAGAUGACCAACACAACCUACCCUGUCUCUGACAACAGCUCACGCUGCGAUCCCUCCGACACCAGCAGCCACCAUGAG